AUGCCCCUAGAAAGGCACAGUACGCACGCGGGCCCCGAGUCAGCAAAUGAGAUCUGGAACUUCCUCAAGACAGUUUUACAGCCGCCACGAGGGUAUUCUAACGUGUACCCCGAUGCGUCGAUGCAUUUUAUGCCAAGUCUAGUUCACCCUGACCCGAAAAUCCACCAGCAGCCGGUGCAGGGCCCAUCUCAUUACUGCGCUCAUACGGGUUACGCGCCGGCAGAUCAGAUGAGCGGUGCUAGACAUACGCAUUCUUCACAACGUAUGGAACGCUUUUCUGAGGAUCACGCAUUGCACCCAAACCAACCUAAGCCACACAGAGCUACGCAGGCUUGUGACCAAUGUCGAGCUAGCAAGACAAAGUGUGAUGAGGAACGUCCGAGUUGUGGUCGCUGCGACGUCAACAAUCUUGGCUGUGUCUACAAACAGGUCCCGCCGCACAAACAGGGGAAUAAUGAGCGCCUAGUAUUGGAUCUGCUCAGUCAGAUGGAGAGACGCAUGGAUGAGCGUUUCGAAAAAAGGCAGAAGCAAAUACAAGAGCAACUUAGCAACAUGGGUGAUGUGGGUCCAAAACCAGCUCCCACUGUCCAAGAACGUCUAAACGGCCUAACACCGAUUAUCAAACAGAACCUGCCGCUCCAAACUGAGAUGCCUCAGAUUCAGGAUGUACUUGGCUCAAAACCCACCCGGAAUAUUGAAGCCAUAGACCUAACCCUUGACCACCAGGAGACUGAGGGAGAGCUCUCCAUCCCAGUGGACCACACUACUGCAGCUCACAAGCUACUGAUGUGGCCGUCAAUUAAGAGAUUGUUACACCCUGUGGUAUAUGACGAGGAGUAUGUGAUGCGGUUAGAAGAAGAGCGUGGUCUAAUUAGCAUAUAUGGCCAAGGUGAGACCUCAUACACUGCCGACGACAGUCAAUUCCUAGACAAUCGCUCUAUUAGCUCCAACAUGACCAAGCCCCAGGGUAAUGGCGCAGGAUCGUAUCAUGAUGUUAAGAUCGAUGAAUUUGGCAACUUGAAGCUGGAUACUGGGACUGCUAGGCGCUACUAUAAUAGCUACCUCGAACACAUGUUCAAGCUUCACCCAUUUGUUAUGGAGGGUGAACUCAAUGUCAAGGUUGGUAGCUUCAUCGGGUGCUAUGCGAGACCGGGUUCCAAUGACACGCGACUAUCUUGCCAUGGUCCACCAUCAGUUGAAAGGAAGCCAUCAAACGAAAACCUGGGCGUGUAUGGCGAGUUUACGGAUAACCCACCGCGGCCACGAGUCGGUAAAAACAUUGACAAUGCCUUGGUCAUGCUGUGCCUGGCCCUCGGGGCUAUUUGCGAAACUCGUGCUCCACUGCCUGGGCCUAUCAGCCAACCCAUUCCUAGUCCGCGACCACCAUUUACCCGCCCACCAACUAUAAAUGAGACAUUUACCCAUGGUAUCCUCUCCCCCUCAAACUCCGACUCUACGGCAAUGCAGGUUUCGAAUUCGCAUUCUGUCUAUGCUGUUCCAAUGCAUCUUACCCUAUCUUUCCCAUUGGUCUUAGGCCCACAUUUGAAAGGAGUGUCAAGGAGAGAUAUGACAACGACGCGGGAUGAACAAGGAAACACGAAAAACCAUCAAGUCAUUCCUAGCCUGGCUCUCUAUGGAUACGCAACCGCAAUACUAGGCUACCUACAGGGUGGAAACGACCUAGAACAUAUUCAUACCGCGUUGCUUGCUGGACUUUAUGCAGGUCAAUUGGCCCAUCCUUUCCAGAGCCAUAGUUGGAUUUCUCAGGCCUGUAGAGCCUGCCAGGUGCUUGUGAGAACCAAGCGACAUAAGCGGCUCGAGGAGGGGCCUACACGGGACUUACACAACUUUGCAUACUGGACAUGUUUGCAAUUGGAGAGUGAUCUUCUCGCAGAGUUGGAUAUCCCAGCGAGCGGCAUCUCCCUCUCCGAGGAUCGGAUCCCUAUUCCGAAAGGAAAAUGGUCAAUCGUCCAACCAAAUGAUCCUCAAAACACUAUGAUGAUGAUGCUGUUCUAUUCUGCUCAAAUUCACCUGCGCAAAUUGCUCAAUCGAGUCCAUACAUAUCUAUACAAGUCCAAAGCCCAAGGCAAGACAAACUGGUCAUCUACCGUCCAAGGGGCGUUGAGUCUAAAUCUCGACCUCUGGCGUAAAAGCUUACCGCCAAGCAUGCAGUGGGAAGAGGCCGACCCUCCAGCAAACGAAAUCAACGCUGCUCGAAUGCGUGCCAAAUAUUACGGCGCUCGAUAUAUCAUCCACCGACCCUUUCUCUACCACGCACUGCACUACGGCCAUACAGGUAUACGCAUCGGUCCAGUCGGCCAACUUUUAGUCGACUCACCUCCCUCGCCGCGUAUAUCUACUGACUGGCAGUCUCCUGAAGUCCGUUUAAACAAUCUGCCGAAGAAGCUGAGAGCUGCCUGCGAUAUCUGCGUCAAAUCGGCUAUCAAAUGCACGGAGGUCUUUGACGGUGUAGACGGAGACCGGUUGAUAGUCACCAACAUCUUCGGCACUGCCCAUGCUCAGUUUGGUAACAUGCUCGUCCUAUCUGCAACUUAUAUGUCAGGUCUAAAGGAGCUCGUGGAGAAAGACCAACUCGACCGUCUCCUCACACGCACAAUAGGCUUCCUAGCCCAAAAUGAAAACGUAUCCCCCACUCUCCGCGCCGAUGCUCGCAUUCUCACUGAGGUCCACCGGAUUAUCUUCGGCCAUCUUCCUGGUAUGGGGUAA